AUGGCAACACAUAUUCAUCCCUUUGACCCGCUGCGGCCUGAAGAAAUCAGCAGGGUCGCAGACAUUGUACGGCCCGCAUUCGCCGGCCAGGGCCUCAAUUUCCGAGUAAUUACUCUCAAGGAACCGCCGAAAGCUGAGAUGAUAGACUUCCUCGAGCGUGAGCAUCGCAAUGAGCCGGAGAAAAAGAGGCCCUCGCGUUGCGCACGGGUCGAAGUGCUGGUGAAGCCUCAUGCUGGCAAACACGAAUUGCAUGAACUCUUCGUCAAUCUCGAUGAAAGCAAGAUCAUAGGACAAAAGCAUCUUAUUGGAAAGCAUUCAUAUAUCGAUGCGGCAUACAUGAAAGAGGUAGAAGUCGCUUGUCUAGCUGAUAAGCAAGUGCAGGAGGAGAUUCGCAAGCUAAAUCUCCCUCCGGGAUCAACAGCAAUUGUUGAGCCUUGGGCAUAUGCAACAGAUGGCGCGAAUGACAUGUCUGAGCGCAUCACUAUGUGCUGGUUCUACUGCCGUCAUUUCGAUCAUCCAGAUGUCAACUAUUACGCUUACCCUCUCGACAUAUGUGCCGAGAUAUCAGAACAACUUCAAGUUCUUCGAGUCUAUCGCCUUCCUGGAGCAAAAGAUGAAAAGAUUAAUAAUGAAGAUCGCCCUUAUGAUCGCCGCAAAAUACAUGAAGCGUCAUCUAGCGAGUAUCAUCCUGAUCUACGCCCCAAGCCGCGAUCUACCACCAAACCCUACCAGGUGAUACAGCCUGACGGGCCCUCGUUUCAAAUCCAAGGCAAUCUGCUGAACUGGGAGAAAUGGAGUUUUCGCAUCGGAUUCAAUUAUCGAGAGGGCCUGACACUUCAUGAUAUACGGUACGAUGGCCGGAGUCUUUUCUACCGCCUCUCCCUGGCAGAAAUGUUUGUUCCUUACGGCGACCCACGAGCUCCAUAUCCACGAAAGGCUGCAUUUGACCUCGGCAACGAUGGUGCUGGCAUAAACGCAAAUAACUUGCAGCUUGGCUGUGAUUGUUUAGGCACUAUUAAGUAUUUUGAUGCCUGGCAUAAUACGCAAUCUGGAGAACCUAUGAAGCUGCCCAACGUUGUUUGCUGUCACGAACAAGAUGACGGAAUCCUAUGGAAGCACACCAACUUUCGCACCGGUAAUGCGGUCGUCACUCGAUCACGCAUUCUCGUGUUGCAGACAAUUAUCACAGUCAGCAAUUAUGAAUACAUUUUUGCAUUUCAAUUCGCUCAAGAUGCGUCCAUCUUCUAUGAAGUUCGGGCGACUGGCAUUCUGUCCACCGUACCGCAUCACCUGGACCAGAAAGACAACGUUCCAUAUGGCACAGUAGUUGCACCCGGUGUGUUGGCGCCUUAUCACCAGCACCUAUUCAGUCUUCGGAUUGACCCGGCUGUCGAUGGCCAUCAAAACACAUUGUCAAUUGAAGAAUCUCAUCCUAUGCCAAUUGAUGAUCCGGCAAUCGAUAACCCCUUCAAGGUGGGUUAUCACACCGUGAACCACUAUGUGGAGAAGGAGGGUGGUUUCGAUCUAGACAUUAGCAAGGGCCGUGUCUUCAAGUUUCUCAAUGAAAACAAGAUUAAUCCGAUCACGGGGACACCUGUAGACUCAUACCAUGCAAAAAGGUCUGAAUUUGGCCAACAUGCUGUCUGGGUUACUCAUCACGAAGACGACGACCAUUUCCCAUCAGGCAGAUAUACAAUGCAGUCUUCUGGUGGCGAUGGAAUUGCUUCGAAUAUUCAGAAGCGAAAUGCCUCGGGUACUUCUAAAUCCGUUAGGAACGCGGACAUUGUCGUUUGGCAUACGUUUGGAUCAACGCAUAAUCCUCGCAUCGAAGAUUGGCCUGUUAUGCCAAGUGAGAAAAUGACGGUUGGUCUUAAGCCGGUGAAUUUCUUUACAGGCAACCCGGGCUUAGACGUGCCUGUGUCAACACAAGAGAAGAAUAAGAGCGUUUUAUACACAGAGAAUCUAGAGAGGAAAGUAGAGGUUUGCUGUGGUACUCAAUUAUGA